GCCAACAAACAUUUCACAGAUAAUGAACCAUGGAAUUUAGUUAAAGAUCCAGAUAAACAAGAGAUUUUAAAUCGUGUAUUAUUCUUUGCUGUUGAAACUGCCAGAAUUUCAGGAAUUUUAUUACAACCAAUAAUGCCAACAAAAAUGAAUGAAUUAUUAGAUAUGAUUGGUGUUAGUAAUGAAGAAAGGAAAUGGAAACAUUCGAGAUUAGGAAAUGGAUGGCAAAUUAUUAAAGAUGGAGGAAAUGUAAAGUUUAAUGUUAAGGAUGGACAUUUUUUGUUUCCAAAAAUUAAAUGA